AUGGAGACGACACAGAACGACAAUGGCUCUACUGAGGAUAAUGGCGAGGUAAACCAAGCAGCAGGCUAUCGCACUAAUCCAUCUGGCUACAAUCUGCGAUCGUUUUCUUCCGCCAAAGACAAGAAUCCACAGCGCGCAGAGGUAGCACCACCACCACAACCACUUCCAGUGCUACCUCUUCCAGUCCUGGUGGAUCAGCAUUGUCGCCAGACUCUACGAUUAUCCGUAUCUGACAUUGCUGCAAUGACAGGCUUUCAUCCCUUCAAAGUCUUGCCACACCUUGUGAUUCGACUGGUCUACCAAGGCACCACGGGGGCUCUAUUGCACCAGAGAGACGCACAAGCCCUGGGAUUGACCCAAGUGGCCACCGAAGAAGAAAUUUGGCAAUCCUUGGCAGAGCAAGCUGGACCCAAAACUAAGAAAGCCUUCCAAAACGCCCAAUCACACGACACCAAAACGAUACAAGAAGCACAAAAAGUCAAACAGCUCGUCAUUCAAGAGGCCAAGGCCAGUGGCAAGCUGAAACCACAAGAAAUCAAAGUGUUGCAGGAAGGGACCCGACACGUCGUCAAUACUCGCUUUGGGCAUGUCCAUGAAGAUAAUGCCCUCGAUUUAGUGGCGCAAAAGUUUGGGUGGGAAAUAUUCGAUCGCAAUGAAGAAAUACUAGAGUGGCCUUUUCGAGUUCUCCACCAUGCAACAGUCAAGACGGUGGAACCCAUUCAUAAGGCCAAGCCAUGUUGGACACGACGACGACGACAACGACAAGAAGAACAACAAGAAAAUACCACGGGAGAAAAGGGGGGGGCCUCUUACCUAGGGAGGAAGCGACAAAAGACAAUGGAAACUGUAGAUUUGACGACGAAUGACAAAGCCGAUGAAUCCACUGUCAAUGAUCCCCCCUCUGCACCGCAAUCUACAAAAGAACCUGAAACUAAUAGUGGAACGCAGAGUCCCGAGAAAGGCCAAACCACUGCAGUAGCAAAACAGGAAGCUCCAGAAUCAGGUGACAAUACCUCGGAUAAAACAACCGAUCGAAGGUCAACAGAGGCCGCAACGCCAGAUCAGGACAGUUUCCCUCAUCCUUUCUUUGUGAUUCGAGGAUCAGUAGAUGGGCGACGAGACGAAUUGACGCCGGCUCCUCCACGUUCCUCUACCGACAUGCAAGUAGAGGACGAAUUUGACAAUGACAGCUGGGUGAUGACACCCGUCAUUGUGGAGCUCAAGCAUCGAAUGAACCGUCUGUUUCAUUUCCCGCCUCUCUAUGAACAAAUCCAAGCCGUUUCCUACUGUCUCAUGUAUGGAGUCAAUGAUGCAGAUGUUGUCCAAGUCAUGUGCGAGGAGGAACGCCAGGACACCACUAGAACUGACAACCCCAAGGAACCCAGCAAAAACAACAAAAAGAAGGAUGCAACCGCAGGCAGCAAAGCCAAUCAACGCGCGACGAACAAGACAAGAGAAUCAAUUGUGGGAUUCUUGGUAAAGACAAACAACACCAGCAUAAGUGCGGGCGGGAUUGAGAACAUGAAUCCCAAUGCUGCUAGAGAAACGGCGGGGCAGGUCCAAGAGACUUCUUUGGUGAAAGAAACAGGCGGCAAUGAAAAUAGUCAGAGAACAGACAUUCCUGCAAACGCUGACGCAAACCAAGCAGAGUGUACAAGGGAAGAAGUGAUGGCAGCAGGCAACGUUGUGAAGGACCAGCUUGUUGUGUCCAGUCCCCUGCAGAACGACUCAUCCAUGGAGAAACCUGAAUCGGCUUCUCAAGAACACAAGGGACCACCGGCAGAGGGGACAGCCACGGAGGCGAAAUGUCACACCCAGAUCAUCACAAAAACUGGCGAAAGGAAAGGACUGCUUGAAUCAAAGGAUAUCGCUUCCAACUCGGCAGCACAAUCAGCUUCCGAUUUUUCCGAAGAUGCUGGUCCUGCGACUGUGAAACAAGCAGAGGGAAAGGUCUCGGAAACUGUGGGAUCUAAAACGAGCAACAAUAAACCACGCCCCAAAAAGAAGUUGUCCAUCCAAGUCGACCGUAUCAGUUUAGACGAUCGUUUCCAACAUGGGAGGAAUUGGCAGGAUGUCAUUCUUCCCCGACUCCGUUCCUUUGCCCAGGCAGUCUAUGCCAUUCGAAGGGAUGACACAAAGCGAUACAGACUUUUGAUGGCAUGCUCCGAUGCUCUAGGAGAAAGGGAAAAAGACGGGUGGGAGUUAGUAUUUUCCGAAUGCCCGUGGCUUCGGGCUUGUGACACCGCGUUUCAUAGAAACUGA